AUGUCUGGCGUCUUUCAGCGAGGUGCAUACUAUGCUGUUGAAGUCAUCCCGGAUGAAGUGGCUGUCAUUAGCCUGAACACAAUGCCGGUUGAAUCAAUACCUAUAGUUGUAUCUGGAUGUGCCUACACAGAGCCGAACGAUCCCGGGAAUCUUCAAAUCGACUGGCUCGAGGUGCAGCUCCAAAUGUACCACGACAGGGGCAUGCAGGUUUGGAUAUCAGGCCAUGUACCUCCCUCUCGCGGAAAUUACUUUCCAGAAUGCUACGUUCGCUAUGUGGAACUUGCUUUGCGUUUUCAGGAUACCAUUCUAGGUCAUUUGUACGGGCACAUGAACGUAGAUCAUUUUUUCUUUCUAGAGGCUGUAGAUCUGGAAAUCUUCCCUGACAAGAACGAUGGCGAGGUGGACAUGACGAGUGACAAGGGGCUCUUCAAUUCCCUGCUGCAGGAUUACAGAGCACUGCCAAAAUCACCGGAAAUGACAGAUUAUGCGGUUGUUAAUGUCGCGCCGUCUGUCGUACCAAACCCAUAUACACCAGCGUUCAGAAUAUUUUCAUAUAACGUGACUGGCGCUGGUGGGCGGCUCGCAGAAACAACGGCGCACAUGACAGCGAGGCGGAAGCCGAGGAAACCUAAACGCAGGCCUGGACACCAUCGGGGAGAUCAAGGCAAUAAAACCGUCCAGUGCGAAUCGGAAGAAUAUCAGAAUACAUGGCGGUGUCAUUUUGAUCAACCGUGGAACUCUGACCCUAGUGCUCCAUCAAGGAUGAAUCAAAGGUGGACACCCUUGGGAUAUGCACAGUACUUUAUGCCCUCGCUGGAGCUGGCGAACAAGACGCACGGGCCUCUUGUCGAGCUGGAGUAUGUGACCUACGCAGUGGAGAAGCUGCAUCCGCAGGGAGAGGGGCGGGAAUUUGUAUACCCGGUUCCCGUGAAGCUUCUCCCUGAGGAACUACGAGACCCUGGGGUCGCGAAGAGCAGGUACGCACCGUACGGAAUGGAGGACCUGACGAUUCGAUCCUGGAUACGGCUUGCAGGUCGACUGGCGGACGAUAAACGGCAGAAACUGCGAAAGAGGUUUCGUAAAUACAUGUAUUUGAAGAGGAAGGAGAUAAGAGAAUGA